CAAAAGGCGGGUUUCGUCCUAUGCUUCAAUUUCUCUACCACCAUCUCGAUAAAGGCAGUUCAAAAUGGUCUCCUUUAUAGCUAGAGUGACGGCAGCCUCAUAUCUGUCGCUGAGUAUCUUCGCUGGCACUUCUUUUGGUCAAAAUAUUACCGAUGACUCCCACUUCUAUGGGCAGUCGCCAUCUGUCUUACCCUCCCCGGAGGCUCCUGGUACUCUAUCAUGGCAAACAGCUCACGCCAAAGCUGUCGCCCUUGUCUCUCAGAUGACACUUGCAGAGAGAGCCAACAUUACUGUGGGCUACACUCCGUCAACAGGCUGUUCAGGUGUCACUGGCACCGUACCCCGUCUGGGUUGGGAAGGCCUCUGUUUAGCAGAUGCUGGCCAGGGAUUGAGAGCCACGGAUUUUGUCAACGCUUAUCCCGCGGGUAUUAGUGUGGGCACGAGCUGGAACAAAGCUCUGACUCUGCAGCGUGCUACUCAUAUGGCAGCUGAGUUCAAGAGAAAGGGAGUUCAUGUUCUAUUAGGUCCUGUGGUAGGUCCGUUAGGAAGAGUUGCUCUUGGUGGUAGAAAUUGGGAAGGGUUUAGCAAUGACCCAUAUCUCUCGGGAAGUCUCGUCCAUGAUACUAUCAAGGGCAUCCAAAACGCGGGUGUGAUCUCUUCUGUAAAACAUUUCAUUGGAAAUGAGCAGGAAGAAAAUCGCAACCCAAUAACUAGCACAGCCAGUGGAGGGAUUGGUGGUGGUGGACUUUCUUCGUCAAAUCCUGCGAAUAUUUCUCAGACCGUCGAAUCUGUCUCAUCUAAUAUUGACGACAAGACAAUGCACGAAUUGUAUUUGUGGCCAUUUGCCGAUGCCGUCCAUGCUGGAUCCGCGUCAGUCAUGUGCUCCUACCAGCGAAUCAACAACACUUACGGUUGCCACAACCAGAAGACCCAAAAUGACCUGUUAAAGACUGAGCUUGGAUUUGAAGGUUUCGUUGUUUCUGAUUGGGGUGCUCAGCAUGCUGGUAUCGCUUCGGCGGAAGGAGGAUUAGACAUGGCCAUGCCUAAUGGUGGCUUCUUUUGGGGAAAAGACGGCAGCAACCUUACAACAUUCGUUAAGAAUGGCAGUAUUCCGGAAGCUCGUCUUACCGAUAUGGCAACUAGAAUUGUCGCAGCCUGGUAUCAACUCGGUCAAGACAGAGAUUUCCCUCCAGUUAGCCUGCCCCUUCAGUACAACGUAUCACACAAAGCAGUAAACGCCCGCGAUCCCGCCUCAAAGCCCAUUCUCCUUCAGGGUGCAAUCGAAGGACACGUACUUGUUAAGAAUGUCAACAAGGCCCUCCCUUUCAAGAAGCCCAAGCUUUUGUCUCUAUUUGGCUACGACGCAGUGGCACCGCCUCGUGUCAAUCUUGUCGAUGCCAACUUCAAUUACAAGUUCGGAUUCUUAUCAAACACCGAUUUCUUCUGGAGAGACGCAUUCGCACCCCCAUUUACCAAUCCUGGCCAGAUCGGUCCGAACGGGACUUUGAUCGUUGGUGGGGGUAGUGGCGGAACAGCUCCUGCGUACAUCUCAGCUCCGUUUGAUGCUCUUCAAGAGAGAGCCUACGCCGAUGGAUUCCAGUUACUCUGGGAUUUCCACUCGACUGCGCCACUUGUUGACCAAGCAAGUGAUACCUGCCUAGUUUUCAUCAACGCUUUCGCCACUGAGGGGGUGGAUAGAGAAGGACUUCAUGACGAUUACUCCGAUGAUAUUAUUCUCAACGUCGCCUCGGCUUGCUCUAACACCAUCGUUGUCAUCCACAACGCCGGUAUUCGCCUCGUGGACACAUGGAUCGAGCACCCCAACAUCACCGCUGUCAUGUUCGCUCAUCUCCCAGGGCAGGACUCAGGCCGCGCAGCCGUCUCACUUCUCUUCGGCGAUGAAUCCCCAUCUGGCAAAAUGAGCUACACAGUCGCCAGAAACGAAUCAGACUACAACGUUCCCAUCGCCAAGCCAGCUGACGAAUUCUUCUUCUUCCCACAAGAUGACUUCACGGAGGGUGUCUACAUUGACUACCGCGAUUUUGACCGGAAGAACAUCACGCCAAGAUACGAAUUCGGUUUCGGCUUGACCUACACCACAUUCGAAUAUUCGGACCUCAGCGUGUCGCUUGUCCAAAAUGCGAACACAUCCCGCGCUGCUCCCGAAUCCCCCAUCAUCGAAGGCGGAAGGGAGAGUCUCUGGGAUGUUAUCGCAACUGCCACUGCAGUAAUCACCAACACCGGCGAUGUCACAGCAAAGGAAGUAGCACAGCUAUACGUUAACAUCCCAGGCGGCCCUGUGCGACAGCUUCGUGGAUUCGAUAAGGUCGAGAUUGCGCCCGGCCAGACCGAGACUGUCAAGUUCACGCUUUUGCGAAGAGAUUUAUCGGAUUGGAAUGUUGCCGAGCAAGCUUGGGUCUUGCAGCAGGGGAAAUAUCCGGUCUGGGUUGGUGCUAGUAGCAGAAUUCUUCCUUUGAGUGGGGAGUUGACUAUUUCAUAAACUGAACGACUAUAAUGACCAGGCUCUAAAUUUACUGCAUUCUCUAGCGACUAUAUA